AAGCUUUGGUAUAAUUUUAGUAUAAUACAUAUAUAUCUGCAGGAUUUAUCGGCAGAUUUUCUUUGUUUGCUUGAGUUUUUUGUUUUCAUUUUUCAUCUUUUAUUUUGCUUUCAAAUGUUUUUCUUCCUUGCGUGCAGUCUUUUAUUUUGAAGGAAACGGAAAUGGGCGUUUCGUCCUGUUAUAAGAGCUCUCUGUUAGCUUCGUAGCUAGGCUGGUUGUUAGUCGGUUGUUUUCUUGAAAGCGGUCCGGGGUUCCUCCUUUUCGGCACUGAACUCCGCCACUGCACACUCGUCCAUCGCCCUGGCACGCUUAGCGGCCCGCAAGAUACAGAUGGACCACCAGGACCAAUCCUAUAUGUUUGCAAGCCUCACACGACCUCACUCGGAGCAGCUGCUGCAAGGCCUCCAGCUCUUGCGGCAGGACCAUGAACUGUGUGACAUUGUCCUACGUGUGGGUGAUGCCAAGAUCCAUGCCCACAAAGUAGUGUUGGCCAGUAUAAGUCCGUACUUCAAGGCCAUGUUUACAGGUAAUCUGUCAGAAAAGGAGACAUCUGAGGUGGAAUUCCAGUGCAUCGACGAGGCCGCCUUGCAGGCCAUCGUAGAGUAUGCCUACACCGGCACGGUGUUCAUCUCCCAGGAAACGGUGGAAUCACUACUACCUGCUGCAAAUUUGCUGCAGGUGAAGCUCGUUUUAAAGGAGUGCUGCUCCUUUUUGGAAAGCCAGCUGGAUGCUGGGAACUGUAUAGGCAUUUCUCGGUUUGCAGAGACGUAUGGCUGCCACGACUUGUGCCUGGCCGCCACAAAGUUUAUAUGUGAAAACUUUGAGGAGGUUUGUCAGACAGAGGAAUUCUUUGAACUGACGCGAGCCGAGCUGGACGAGAUCGUGUCUAAUGACUGUCUUAAAGUGGUCACGGAGGAGUCUGUUUUCUUCGCCCUAGAAUCAUGGAUCAAAUAUGACAUAACUGAAAGACAGCAGCAUCUGGCUCAGUUGCUCCACUGCGUUCGCCUUCCACUUCUUAGCGUCAAAUUCCUCACCCGACUAUAUGAGGCAAACCACCUCAUACGAGAUGAUCACACGUGCAAGCAUCUUCUGAACGAGGCCCUGAAGUACCACUUUAUGCCUGAACACCGACUGUCCUAUCAGACGGUGUUGUCUGCACGACCCAGGUGUGCCCCGAAAGUGUUGUUGGCGAUAGGAGGGAAAGCUGGGCUGUUUGCCACCCUCGAAAGCAUGGAAAUGUAUUUUCCACAGACAGAUUCAUGGAUAGGACUGGCCCCUCUCAGUGUUCCCCGGUAUGAGUUUGGAGUGGCGGUACUGGACCACAAGGUGUACGUGGUGGGAGGCAUUGCCACACACAUGCGGCAGGGCAUUAGCUACAGACGACACGAGAGUACGGUGGAAAGCUGGGACCCCGAGACAAACACUUGGUCCUCAGUGGAGCGGAUGGCGGAGUGUCGCAGCACCCUCGGGGUGGUGGUUCUGGCCGGAGAGCUCUACGCCCUGGGAGGGUACGACGGCCAGUACUACCUUCAGUCGGUGGAGAAAUACGUUCCAAAGCUGAAGGAGUGGCAACCUGUUGCUCCCAUGACAAAGUCCCGCAGCUGCUUUGCCACAGCUGUGUUGGAUGGCAUGAUCUACGCAAUCGGAGGCUACGGCCCUGCACACAUGAACAGUGUGGAGCGCUAUGACCCCAGCAAAGACGCCUGGGAAAUGGUAGCCCCCAUGGCGGAUAAGAGGAUAAACUUCGGAGUGGGGGUGAUGCUCGGCUUCAUAUUUGUGGUGGGGGGACACAAUGGAGUAUCCCACUUAUCCAGCAUCGAGAGGUACGAUCCUCACCAGAACCAGUGGACGGCUUGCAGACCGAUGAAUGAACCUCGCACCGGUGUAGGCUCAGCCAUUGUGGACAACUUCCUGUAUGUGGUAGGAGGCCACUCCGGGUCGUCCUACCUGAACACUGUCCAACGUUACGACCCUAUCUCGGACAGUUGGUUGGACUCCAGCGGCAUGAUGUACUGCCGCUGUAACUUUGGCCUGACCGCCCUUUGACCCAUGGAGAAGCCAGCUAGGACUCGCUGAAGCAACUUGGUUGCUGUAACUUUGCCCUCGUCGUCUUCUCCUGUUUUCCCACAUUAAUCCUCUAGGUGCAGAUGAGUGGAGCUGCACGCGAAGGAGAACAUGGCGGACGGCUGACCGUGCAGGGGACCACAGUCACUGCUGCAGAGAUGACCAAAGGCAUUAAGCGAAGAGCAGUCGGGGUAUUUGGCGACGCGUAGACGACCGCUCUUCUGCAGCUGAGCCAUGUCCCAGAGACUCGUGGGAUUGUCCCAAAGGUUUCCGUCGGCAGACACUUUAGUUUGUACGUUGUGUCGCGAACAUCAAGACUUCAAAUGUCUUUUGUUUUUCUGCUGCAACCACAACAGUUUGUUCAAAUGUUUUUGACAAACGCAGUUUGCUUGUGUAUUUGUAUGGGUCUGCGGUUGUUGGCCAUGCAGUGUGUUUGCUCAACAGGUACAUGCAUGUCAGAUAGGACUGUUUAUUUUGUUACACGUCUGUGUGCAGAACCGAGGCUCAGAUUGAGAAGUUUCUGCAUCCAAAUGACUGCUUCACAAAAAACAAAAGAAGCAACGUUAAAAUCUUUAUAUUUUUCUCUAAAAAAGAAAAGAAAAAAAAGGGCUGCCUUUUCUUUCAUGUAUAUAAUAUAAAUGACGUAUAUAGAAAAUAAUAAUAAUAUAUCCUUUAGUGCAUUGCCUGUAUAUGUUUAUUUGCACUGACUCAUUAACGUGUGCUCGAAUGUGUGUAGUUUGAUUCCCAGAGUCACUUUCGUUGUGCCACUCGUCUCGGCACCGUCCAGAAAUUCUGUCUUCUGUCGCCUCGGUCCAGUGUCAGUUACUACACAAUUGUUUGUUCACAACACUAACUGGUGCUAUAUUUAGAAUUCAGGAUUCAGCUAUGUGCAUCGCUUCACAUUUAACCUCCGUUUGGCUGCUGCUACAUUAGAUGUCCUUAAUGCACAACGACAAGGCUCCAGACAAUGCAAUAAAAUAGUCUGUUGAAAGGGAAAACGUUUUUAAGAGUCAGCCAUGUGUUUCCUGUUUUUAUUUAUACUUCCUAAUUGGAGAAACAAAAAAAAAUGUUGGCGCCCUCAUGUGGCUAAGUCUUGUUUUCUGUGGUAACUGAUCACAGCUUUGUGUGAAGUGCCAAAACUUUUUUUUUUUUUUUUUAAACCGUACCUUUUAACUGGACAGGAUUUUCAUGUGCCACAUUGAAAUCAGCUUAUUUUCUUUCUUCUGCAAACUUGUUAGCAUUUCAUGUUUCCGUGUAUAUGGACUCACUAAGGGCUGUGCAAGCCAACUUGUCACGACUCCCGUGUCUUUGGUGAAUGGAAGCUCAUUGAGGGUGUUGCUGUGCAGGCAGAGUAAUGCACAGCUGUAGCAGAAAGCCUGAACAGAAGGAGGUGUUGUGCGUUGCCGAGUCCCAUCUUUGCGUCUGCUUUUGUGUUGCUUCGUCCACUAGGGUUUGCACAAAGGUGGAAACUUUAACCAGGCUCUGCGUUGCACUUACUCUUUGAUACACAUUGUAAUUUGUUUGUACGUUUGGAGCUAAUGGCAUUUAGAUGAUGCAAUAAUACUUGUGUUCUCCUCGUGGGACUUUUGUGUUUGUGUCUUUACAAGGCCAAGGCGUCUCAUUAUUGCUGUAACAGAACUCGAUGUGGCAUGUUGGCUAAUAAUGUGGACAUGUGUGAUUUCAAA